AUGCAGAACGAGUGGUUAGACAUAGGAGAUUUUUGCAUCCCAUUAGCAUUAAAAUGGCGCACUUUAAUUUAUGAUUGGUCGCCAGCAAUGCUAAAAUUCUAUCUCAAUGCGUUCCAGAUGACUCUCCCAGAUCAGAGUAAUUUAGUAAGAUGGGGUAAAAGUACCGAAAAAACUUGCUAUAUCUGUGGAAAGGCAGUUGGAACUGCUAAGCAUCUGCUGGUGGGAUGUAAGGUACUCCUUGACAGCGGUCAAUACUCGCGUCGUCACGAUAGGGUUCUAGAAGUCAUACGUGAAGCGGUUAGUCUUUCGGUAGCCAGAGCGCAAAAGGGAAUAACCACAAACGAACGAUCAGUAGGUUUUGUGAGAGAAGGCACUAGGGCUACAAAAUCAAACGUCAAGCCUUACUCCAUCCUUAAAGCGGCGUCGGAUUGGACUAUAAUGAUGGACACGUAUGAAAAACAAUAUAAAAUCCCCGAGGAUAUUUGUGCGUCGGCCUCCAGACCGGAUAUAUUUUUGUUUUCGCGAAUUUUAAAGCGCGUAGUGAUGAUAGAGCUUACGGUCCCUUGGGAAACCAACAUCCCCAAAGACCAUACCAUCAAGGUCAACAAAUAUUACGAGCUCACAAACGAACUCACUCGAAAUAGGUUCGUAGUAGAUAUGUACGCGGUAGAGGUGGGAGCGAGAGGUAUAACAGCGAAAUCUCUCUAUAACCUACUAAAGGACUUGGGCUUGUCCAGAACUCACAUUAAUGCAUUCUUGGAACGUACAUCGAAGGCAGCCCUAGUAGGUUCUUUUCAAAUUUGGUUAGGUAGGGAGAGGAGCUUGGACAGUGGAGGUGAGCGUAUAACGCGCGUUAGUUAA